AUGGCUUCGGAAGCAGGUGAUGAAAUUUCUCCUGCCCCUAUUCCUGGACCAGAUGAUGGCAAUCGGGCUGGAGCCUUCCUAAAGUUUUUCGCACAUAAGGCUCUGGAAUCAGAGGAAGUCUCUCGACGACGGGCAGAGGCUCAACCUCUUUAUCUGGAAGCUGCCCAGGAGGAAGCAAGACAUCGACGUGAUAUUCUGCAAAAAAUGUCCAAUAAUCCUGAAACUCCAAUUGUAAUUUCUCCUGAUAAAUCUUCCGUGAUGAUUUAUGAUAAUAUUGAAUCUGUGCUGCCUGUUGAACAUACUGCUAAUAUCAACCCUGUGUUGUCUUCUGAGAAUCCAACCUCUGUGUAUAUUGCGAAUGUUGUCUCUGAUUCUAAAAUUGUUGAAAUUGAAUCUUCUGAUACUAUGCAAGAGUCGAACAAGUUUGAUCAAUUGAGUCUGAUUGUGUAUACUGCGGAUGUUAAAUCCUCUGUUCCAUUGGUUGAGACUGUGUCUGUGGAACCACAAAUAUUAUCUGAUGAGCCUGCACCUGCUGAAAUUGUGGUACCUCGUACAUCUGAUUCGAUUGAUGGGAUUCCUGUUUAUACAUUCGCUACUGUGCGUGAAAGCCUGGAACAAGCUCGAUAUUUCGCUGGUCUGCCUUCUUCUUCUGUACCUGAACCUUCCAAAAUUAUUCCUAAACCUGAACCCUCUGAGCAGUUGGAUAGUGAUGAUGAAAGAAUUCUGACUGAAGUCUACGGUUCGAAGGCUCCAAUCUCUGUCUCUGACAAGCCUCUUACUGUGGAAGAGACGGCUCACCCAGACUCAUCUACCUUUAGAAUUAGAGAUGUCUCAAAUUUGCUUGCAACUUCUUCUACUCCUUUGUCUGAGUCCAGUCUAUGUGUCUCUCUAUGUCCAAAAGAUAGGUCUCCUGUUAGAGAAACCAUAAAGUCCAAGCGCAAAGGAGUCCCGGGGAAAAUAAGUGUGAACUCUGGUGAUGACGAUGCUGAGGAGGAUCAACCAAUGAAGAAAAGGCGUUCAGCUGAUUUAACAAAAGCUGAAAGUGAUCCCCCUGUGCAACAAGUUUUUAAGACUUUGCGCUCAUAUGUUAAGUCAAAGGUUCCUGCUACCAUAUCGACCGGUGUCACCAGGAAAGUGAAGGGUUCAAUCAAGACAAGAGGUAGAAGUGUGCUUCCUGUGAUUCAAUCUGCUGCAGAAAGUCCGGACACUUCCAUCUACGUGCCACAAUUUGUCUCUGCUGCUGCUAAGGAUAAAUGGUCUACGAUGGAAGUUGGUUUGAUGAAGAGUAUCACCUCCGAGUGUCCUUACUCGAAGCUUCUGACUUACGAGUUCUAUUGCAACCUUAAUGAAGAAAUCGACAAUCUUUCGGGUAAACGGUGUCUCCAAAUCUUUAUUCGAGGGAAACAGUUUGUGUUUGGACCAGAUGUGAUUAAUGAUUUCUAUGGUCUGAAGGCAGUUGAUGAGGAAGGUCUUACAGAUUGGGACUUAAUUGUGAACACUCUCACUGGUGGACAAACUCCUUAUUGGCCCACAGGUGAUCCAGACACCUUGUCCUGUUCUCAAUUGGCUGCCAUUCUGUUUCGCAUUGGUACCAAAAUGUGUGUUGACCUUGGCAAGUGGAUCUUCGAUCAUAUUCUCACUCUGAUACAUCCUCGAGAGAAAAAGGUCAGGCUUCCCUAUCCUAAUCUUAUCUUCGGAGUUUUGACAGCGCAGGGCUUAGUGCCUAUGCCAAGUGAGAUUGUGCUUCCAUCCUUGCUUUACACUGUUGAUCCACGCCUACUGGCUGGCAAGCAUAUUAAGGAUGUCUCACCGGUUCUUUCUACUCCGAAUGAUGAUACCAAUGUUGCGGCUUCGUCUUAUGAUAAUGAUGUGCAGCUGUCUCUACGCUUGAAGGCUCGUGUGUCGGAACUCGAAACUGUGAGCAACGUUAUCACCAAGCAGCUAAAUUCAGCCCGCACUGACCUUGCAAUAGUUCUGCUCCGGCUAAGUCUGACUGAUUCUGCUGCUGCUGCAAAUGUAAAGUCUGAUAGUGAGGACCUCCAGGGUGCUUGA